GAGCAUCUACACAACUUGUGAAGAAAAUAAAAUAAAUAAAUUUCCACAAAUUGUUUAUGUAUUUAUUUAUACAUAAACAUACAAAUUGUUAUAAAUUAACCAUUUAAUAAUUGUGCAAAAUAUUCAAAACGUUACUGACAUUAAUUUGUGUUCGGAAAUUAGAAACUACUAGGUGAUCAGCAGAUCCUAUUGAAUCUACUAAUUAUGAGAAAAAGUAUUUUAAAAUCAGAGCAAAAUAAAUAGGAUAUAAUUAAAGGUUUAGCGCCUAAACACACACGACACACGGAAGAUCGUGACAAUAAACGAAAGUAACAAUGAUAUCUGCAAAUAAUUUGGAGCCGUUAACACCGCAACGGCACUUGGACAUGAGUAGUGAACAGAAACUAGUGACUUGUAAACGUGUAGGACAGGCCAUAAAUAUGGCUGUCGAUCGUUUAGUGACAAUAGGAGAAAUUAUAGCUGAAGGAUUUCAGGAUAUCAAGGCUGAUAUGUUUGACUGUUGCAAAGAUGCUAGAGAUACUGGUAAAUCGAUUGAACAAUUAUGUAUGUCUGGAGAUUUGAUUAAUGAGGCUAGCAGUUUGGCCGUGGGUAUACCCAAAACUUUUGUUGAUCAUACUGCCAUAAUAUUGGCUUCACGCUCUUUACUAACCUCUAUAACUAGAGUCCUGUUGUUGGUUGAUAUUAUUGUCGUUAAACAACUAUUUACCUUUAAAUAUAAAGACAGUAAAUGUCCCCAGAAUCUGGAAUGUGUUAUGAACUUUACGAAAUUUGUGCAAGCUUUUUCGGCUUUUGGUACAGAAAUGGUAGAAAUGACAUGUUUGACUUCAAACGUUGCCAACAACAGCUUAAAAGAAGAAAGAAGACGUUCAGAAAUUCUCUCAGCCCGCCAGGUUUUGGAUCAUUCUGUAAAGGUAUUGAUAACUUCAUCAAAAGUUUGCAUGAUCCAUUAUAAUUGUGUUAUAGCAAGAGAAAAUCGCAAUACAGUAUUUUGUCAAAUACGACGUGGCAUGGAUCACAUACAUUUUAUAAUCAAGGAUGCAAUUCUAGAGUCGGAAUGGCAUUCCUCGAAGCAACACUACUCCUAUUACAACAACGACGAGCGUGGCACCAUACAUGCAACCAUACAACACUUUACCUAUCUAAUGCAAUGCUGUCGCUAUAAAACGAAACACAGUGAUCCCUAUCUAAAUGCCAAACUUAAUCACAGUGUCUAUAGAAAAAAGUCGGUCGAAAAGCGUUGGGCAAUUGACAAUAAAAGCAAAAAAUUAUACGACUCUGGUGGUCUACCCGAGGGUGAACGUUUGUUAAAUGAAUGCUAUGGCCUAGAUCAUUAUUCCACCAGCAGUAGCAGCAAUAGUCCUAAGUACAAGACAAUCAGUCCAGAUUGCGUGUGCGGUGAUCUGAUUGAAAAGAUCUUGAUAUCCUUCGAUCGGAUAUUGGAAAACAUACAUGAUUUCACAGAUUCUCCCUAUACCAGCCAUGAAAUGCGUGAAAACAUUUUAAUAUAUUGUGAUCACUGUACCAGAGAACUAAAUAAGUACCUAAGAAAUGUUGUUGCCAAACAAGGAGAACAGCAACAAUAUUCCAAAGAUCAUUUUCAAGAUGAAUACAUUGACACUGUGCUAGCUACCGUGAAAACACUUUCAGAACAAUUAAUAAAUUCGGCCAUUGAACAAUCGCGUGAAAUGUUCAAGGCUCUGAAAGUGUCUACGGAACUCGUCAACAACCUUAAUGUGGCCAUUUCUCAGCAAAAUUUGCCGCAUUUUACACAACAAGUUAAUGAAUUUCAUGAACAUUGUGAUCAUAUUUUAGAAGUAUGUAAGCUACUACGACAUAUAGCUGUCCAGGAUGCUUUAAAAGAGCAGGCUAGUCACGUUUCGAUUAAUCUAAGAAUCUAUGGACCGCAAGUGAUAUUAGCUGCCAAAAUCCUAACAAAAUUUCCUUUAAGCAAUGUGGCUAGUGAAAACUUUGAUGCCUUUGUAGAAAUGUGGACUUGGCUGGUAUCUGAGGUUACAUUGGUAUCGAAAAAGAUAUUAGAGUCAACGACCGAUAUAAACGAUCAUGAUUUGAAAUAUUUAUCCAUGGGAACGAAUGUUGCCGCUGAAGUUAAACCAACUAAAACAGUAAAUUUUCAAAAUGAUUUACCUGAAAGUGGUAAAGAGUUGGAUUUGGAAACUGAAACUGUUAGGAAAGACUUACAGCCACGUUGGAAUGAAGAGUUAUGUGAUAAUGAUAUAAUAAAGAGAGCUAAAAACUUAUCGGCCAUGGCGUUUUUAAUGUAUCAGUUUACAAAAGGCAAUGGUUCCCUAAAAACUACACAAGAUCUGUUUACUCAAGCAGAAUAUUUCGCUGAGGAAGCAAAUCGUUUAUAUAAGAUUUUGAGACAAUUUUCUUAUCAGGUUCCUGCAAGUGCACACAAAAAGGAUCUAUUAAACGUUUUAGAUCGUGUGCCGACAUUUGUACAAUCACUACAAUUCACUGUUAAGGACCAUACCGUAGGUCCAUCAGCUACCUAUGUGAAAGUAGAUCAUGUUAUCAGGGAAACCAAAAAUUUAAUGUGCGUUAUCAAUAGUGUUGUGACAAAGUGCCUAGAAUGUGCUACCAAGUACAACUUGGACUUUAAUAGUGUUGCCGGAGGCAUAACGGCUGGUUCUAUGGGUGCCGAUGAUUGUGGCGGUGGAGCCAUGGAUUCAAAGGGUACCAGCAAUAGCACCGAAGGAAGCAUGUGACAUUACGGGAUGGCUCGAAGAGCCAAAGGUGACACGCGUCGAACUCGUGUUUCAUUUUUACUUUUCUGAUUGUUAUUCAUCGAAAGUCUAGUUGUUAUAUUUCUGAAAACAUUUAAAAUUCCUGUAUGCUAUUUAUCGGUGGAUUUAAACGUAAUGUACUUCGUUUAGUGACAAAACUUAAAACUCUGUGGUUUACUUAUAAGGAACCACAAGACAUAUACAUACAUAUUUACAUUCUUACAUAUGUUGUACAUUAGGAGUAUGAACCAUUUUUUCAGGGAUAGUACCAAAGGAUUUUUAAAAUGUUUAAAAUAAGUAUUUAAAUAUAUUUUAGAGUAUAUAGCCGACAUGGUUAACAUCCUCUUUGAUACAAAGUUACCAUUACAUAUUUGUAAAUUCGAUUCUAGUAGAAUCCAUUAGCAAUAACUUUUUUAGAGAACUCUUUUGUAAACCGCACAAAAGUAAUUUCAUUUAUUAUUAAAUGCCAGUUUUCAUUUGUUUAAUAAAGCAAAACUUAUUAAAGGUCAAUCCCUAAUGUACAUUCAUAAAAAUCAAUCGUUGUAAAAAAAAACAGAAUUUUUUUCUUUUUCAAAUUACCUAUCUAAGUAAGAUUAAUGUUUGUUUACAUACACAUACUAAAUGUAUUUCUUAAUCUGUAUAAAAAAAGAACAUAAACAAAAAUGUAUGAAUGAGUAUAAUAAUAAUUAAUAUAAAAAUUUCUUAAUUUAUUAGAAAUUAUAAUUUUCAAUUUGUGGAACGUAGAGCUUAACAAUAUUACCUCAAUGGUUGUUUAUAAUUGUAGUCCUGAGUACAACAUUAAAGUAAUAAUUAUAAAAUAUAUAAAAUAUUAUUAAUAAUAUUAAUAAUCACGAUAUUAAGUUUAUAUUUAAUAAUUCAAAUAAUAAAUAAAAAUAUUGAGAGAAAUAGACGGUUAAAUUCGAACAGUAUAGUUAAAAUAUGUAUGUAUGUACUAUAACAGUGUAGUAUGUAUGUGACCUGAAGGUGCAUAAAAAUAAGAUGAAACUAAUAUUAAAAUUUUUUAUUCAAUUAUUUCCUUUACUCUUUCUUAUACAUUUAAACUCGUUUUUUUAAUUUAUUCUUUGUCCAUUUUUUUCUUUAUUAUGAAUUUUAAACAUAUUUUUCUAGAUAAAAAACUUAUUAAUAUUAAAAUAAGAUUUGAAAUCCUUGUAGUAUUUACUGUGCAUGUCUUCUUAGAAAUCGAGCUAAAGUUUUUUCCCCAAUUGCAAAUUAACAAUCUAUAAACAAAAAUCAUAUUUAAAUAUAAUUGCUUUAGUAUUUAUCUUUGAAUUUCAAAUUUAUUAUGUGAAUUAAAUGAUUUUAAAA